AUGCGCCAACUCGCCUCAUCCACUUCAUCUUUCACCUCCAACAUCGCGGCCGUCUUUGCGAUGUGGAUUCUUCCUCUGCUCGGUUAUCUAGGGGUGGUCGUCGGGUUUGCCUUUCUGACCCUGGCCAUCGCCUCGGGGCUCUACUAUCUAUCUGAGCUUGUCGAGGAGCACACUGUCCUCGCCCGCAAGCUUUUGAGUCGCCUGAUAUACUGCAUCAUUGCAGUUCAGGUGCUACUCGUCAUCUUCGACCGCUUCCCAGUGUGGCUCUCUCUUCUCAGCAUCCUUUCUCACUUGGUCUAUGCCAGCAACUUACGUCGCUUCCCCAUCGUGAAGCUAUCGGACCCUCUGUUUCUUCUCUCCUGCGUAUUGGUUGUCCUCAAUCAUUGGCUAUGGUUCCGCCAUUUCUCGAAACCUCCAGCCCCGUCCCAACGAGCUGAGAACAACUGGCGCCAGCCAUAUCAGGUCAACUACGAAGAUAUCCCCUCGUUCUCCGAAGUGGCUUCGUAUUUUGGCCUGUGUGUUUGGCUAGUCCCAUUUGCUCUCUUUGUGAGUUUGAGCGCGGGUGACAAUGUUUUGCCUAGUAUGGGUUCUGAGUACGCAACCGGGGAGCAUGCCUCGACCGGUCUGGGUCAUAGCCAUGACUCACCGGAUGGCAAGUCCAAGAAUAAAGGCAUGGCGAAAGCGCUGGUAGAUAACGUACGGGAUUGGGCUCGAGAAAAUGGCGAGCUGAUGGGGCUCUGGAAGGGCGAGCGAACCAGGCGUUUUUAA